AUGGCUACGUUGAAGAUGAGUAUCUCUUGGUUCUUCUUCCUUCAAAUAUUAUUUUCAUUGCUCUCUUCCUUUGCUCCAACCAAUGUGCAAGGAUUGAAAGUCGGGUUCUACGACAAGUCAUGCCCUAAAGCCGAGCUUAUUGUCAAGAAGUCUGUCUUCGAUGCGAUGAAGAAGGAUCCAACACUUGGAGCUCCUUUGCUCAGAAUGUUCUUCCACGACUGUUUUGUUCGAGGAUGCGAAGGGUCGGUCUUGCUAGAGCUAAAGAACAAAAAAGACGAGAAGAACGCAGUGCCUAACCUUAGCCUUCGAGGGUUUGAGAUCAUAGACAAUGCCAAGGCAGCUCUAGAAAAGGAGUGUCCAGGGAUUGUUUCUUGCUCUGAUGUCUUGGCACUUGUCGCUAGAGACGCAAUGGUUGCACUCAAUGUACCAUCGUGGGGAGUUGAAACGGGAAGAAGAGACGGUCGGGUUACAAACAUCAAUGAGGUCACAUCGAACUUACCAUCACCAUUUGAUAAUAUCACUAGCCUUAUCACCCAAUUUCGUUCCAAAGGCCUCGGCAAGAAAGACCUCGUCGUACUUUCAGGUGGACAUACGAUUGGAAUCGGACAUUGUCCUCAAAUCACAAACCGGCUCUACAAUUUCACCGGGAAAAGAGACAGUGAUCCGAACUUAGACACUGAAUACGCAGCUAGUCUAAGAAAAAAAUGCAAGCCUACGGAUACCACGACGGCUCUAGAAAUGGAUCCAGGAAGCUUCAAAACAUUUGAUGCAAGCUACUUCAAGCUUGUGUCUCAAAGAAGAGGCUUGUUUCAAUCUGAUGCAGCUCUUUUAGACAACCAAGAAACUAAGUCUUAUGUUCUUAAGCAAACCAAAAGUUAUGGGUCUACUUUCUUUAAGGACUUUGGAGUCUCUAUGGUGAAUAUGGGUCGGAUUGGCGUUUUAACGGGUCGGACUGGUGAGGUUCGUAAGAAAUGCAGAAUGGUUAAUUAA